UAAGAUGUUUGAGUGGUGAUACCAGAAGUAACUGUUUGUAGUCGCCAAAUCAUUUUAACUGUCACUUGAAGCUGAGUUGCAUUAGUGUGGUGUACUGGUUCUGUUGAGAGCUUGAAGGAGGAGGAGUAGAUAAAAUGUUGCCUUUGACUCUUCUGAAGACUGCUCAUGGACAUCCAAUGUUGGUGGAGUUGAAGAAUGGGGAAACUUAUAAUGGACACCUGUCGUCGGUGGACACGUGGAUGAAUAUCUGCCUCAGAGAAGUCAUUUGCACCUCUAGAGAUGGAGACACGUUCCACAGAAUGCCAGAGUGCUACAUCAGAGGAAACACGAUCAAAUAUUUGCGUAUCCCCGAUGAAAUAUUCAACAUGGUCAAAGAAGAAAACCACCCACAGAAGAUGGGAGGAGGAGGCUACCGAGGCAAGGGAGGGGGGCAAGGACAGAACAGAGGAGGAAGAGGGGCAAGGGGUGGAUCUGGAAGAACGAGAGGGGCAGGUGGAGGAGGACGCGGGGGAGGAAGAGGAGGAAACCACUGACGUUUUCUUUCCUUCUGUUUGAAUGUGCUCCGAUAAGCUGGAACUCGACUUGUGCUCUUCAUGAUACGGCUUCGAUUCUACUUUAAUCGUACUACUGAGACCGAAAUGGGAAAAACUUGGAGUUUUAACUGGUUAUGAAAAGAUCAUGUAUUUUGCUCUGGAAAAAGAUCUUGUUACAAAUCACUGGUCCAUCCCACGUCCAUCGGAGACCACCAGUGGGGAAAAUGUUGAUCAGAUCUUAGAAAAUAUUAUUUUGCCUGUUGUUUUUUUCUAUUCAGCCAAAAUGUUCCUCAAUUUAUUCUCCAAAAUG